GCGCGCGGCAGCACCACCGAGAGGCCGGGCAAGGUAGAGCGGCUCCAGAGGGGCGGGCGCCUUCAGGCGCGGGAGAGGCGGGAGUGGCGGCUCAAGUCGGGGGAUCGUAACCGUUGUCUGCCCGCCCGCCUGCCCACGGCCAAGUUCAGCCGGCAUCUGCGCCCGGCACCCACCAGUUUUCAGUGAGGAUGAGCCUUGGUGAACAAGCACAGGACACCUGAGGCCUGCUUGUUACGCCUCUCGCCGGAGUGAUGGUGUUUGAAUUGGAACUGAGCUUGGAUGCUGUCAGAUAGGGACUCUCAGACGUCUCCUCCUGAGCUGUCCCACAAAAGACGAACGCUUUCGGAUGGUGACGUUCAGACCCCGAAUCCAGAUAAGAACUUUAUCUGCUGAGUUAGAAAGAAAAGGACCGUGGCUCUAUCUGCUCGGUGCCAAAAUGCAGCUUCAUAAGCAGGAUGUGCUGAGCUGUGCCCGACAGAGUGAAGUCACAGAGAAGCCAGGCGGCCACUAGCUGGGGGCCCUCAGCCUUCCCUGGCUUCCAGGGUGUUUCCCACUUCCUAGGAGCAGCAAUGGAAAAGCCUGCAGGCAGGAAAAAGAAGACCCAGGCCCCCAAAGAGGAAGCAGGUGCUCAAAAGGCCACUGCCAAAGGGGAGAAAGCGCCAAGGGGGAAAAAGCCAACCAAGAGGAGGCCCCGGAAGCCCCGCAAACAGACUGUGCUGAGUCCCGAAGACGAGGCGCACAUCUUUGAUGCCUUCGAUGCCUCGUUUAAAGAUGACUUUGAGGGCGUCCCCGUGUUUAUUCCUUUUCAGAGGAAGAAGCCCUAUGAGUGCGGUGAGUGCGGACGAAUCUUUAAACACAAGACAGAUCACAUUCGCCACCAGAGAGUUCACACUGGCGAGAAGCCCUUUAAGUGUGACCAGUGUGGGAAGACCUUCAGGCACAGCUCAGAUGUCACCAAACAUCUGAGAAUCCAUACCGGUGAGAAACCCUUUAAAUGUGGGGAGUGUGGAAAGGCCUUCAACUGUGGCUCCAAUCUUCUGAAACACCAGAAAACGCACACUGGAGAGAAGCCUUAUGGCUGUGAGGAGUGUGGAAAAUCCUUCGCCUACAGCUCCUGCCUCAUCCGGCAUCGGAAGCGUCAUCCGAGGAAGAAGCACUGAGCAGGGCAGCCUACAACUGUAGAUCUUUUUCAAACAUCAGAUGUUGGUCUAGGUUUCCGGUGCAGUAUGCUACCGAUGGCUGAUGUGGCUGCUUCUCCCUGUCAUCGAAAGGAAAACCCACCCAUCAGACCUAAGAACCCACAGAGGCCUUCUGCCCUGUGAGUCCUCCCUUGAUGGUAACACGGUGCUCCCCGGGGCUUCCUGCAGCUCCAGCCAUUUUCCAGACUACUUCAUUCUACUCAGGACCAUCUUUGGAACAGCUUUGGGUCACCGAGAACUUACAGCUAAAGAGACAACCCUGUUGGCGAGGGCCAAUGCCUCCCUCUGCUGCCUCUGCCUGCAUCAUCCACUGUGUGAUGGUCAGUUCUUUUGAAGGCUUCUGGCUCUGGAUGCCUGGCCUCAUGAAGUCUGCUAGGGGCAAGGACCCCUGAGGUGGAUGGCAGGCCGCACUCUGAGCAGCUCUGAGGACCCAGGUCCCCUUGGACAGCACCAGAGCUUGCUCAUCUCUGCAGCUAACUUUGGUGAUCUUGAAGUUUCUCUCUUGCUGAACCAACAGUCUCUGAGCUCAGCCCCAGUGCCUGAAACUGGACUGCACUGUGGACCCUUGUCCCAGCCACCAUCGUAGACAAGUAGCCUGGACUCAAAGUGGCCUCGGUAGACCCUUGCACCCUGCCAUAGUGGUAGAUUGUUUAGGCUAGGCCUUGUAGCUCCAGGGUGUCAGCAGCAGCUUCCACCCACUGUACCUUCAGAAAUAGCUGUGGCCCUGCCCCGUGGCAGCCCACCAUUCAGGUCAGCUCCACUUCCUGCCUGUCACCAGGACAAGACAAUGUGGUUGCGCCUGCCCUCUGUCCAGGUGCUCUAUGAGGUCUGUGUUCUAAGGACAGCAAAGUGACUGCUGACCAGAAGGUUACAGGCAGUGUGACCAACCGUGACACACUCCCCACCAUCAUGGCCUGUAUCCCUUCAAACCAGGAGCCAAGGAAGCCCUCAGGUUGCUUUUUUUCAGACAGUCGCUACAGUAAUGAGAAAAAUAACAAAUAUACCAGGGUGCAUAGGACAGAACCCAGACACAGAAUGCCAUGUAGUCAAAUACUCGCCUGCCUCAGGCUGGCCCUGGAAGACACCUGCAGCAGUGCCUGGCGGCAGAGUCCAGUCAGCCCUCCAGCGAACAGGCGGCUAGUGCAGAUCUUCCUAGCAAGAAACUCAGAGAAGUCAAGAGAAUCAGUGUCUACCUCCACCACAGGGCACUGAGAUGCCCACUGGGUCAUGCACCAGGGAGGCUGUCAUCACAGAAGCCAUUGGCAACAGGAAAGCUGUAGGUGGAUGAGCUCAGGGAGGCCUUCUGGACACCGUGUGGUAACUACAGGGCACUUGGACUUCUCCCUACCCUGAAGUCAAGGUGGCUGCAUCGCAUCAUUGACCAGCGACCAUUAGUUCUGGCUCACUGUCAGCCUACCAGAGAGUCCCAGCACCAGCUCUUUACUUCAGUGAGACACACUGAACAGCCACCCGGGAACAAACUAAAUGCUCAGAACCUUCUAGAUGUCUUGAGAUGUGUCCUGGGGCAUUGAAGAGCACUCCAGCGAUGUAUUGGGGUUCUAAUUACAAAAGCAUACUCAACUGCAGCUAGAAAUUUCUGAGAGGUACGAGGCAGCUCUCCCUGGCAGCGCCUCAGCUCUACCUCUGGUGGGUGUCUCCUGCAGGAAGCGCUCUGACCAGCAUGGCUGCUGCUCAGCCUCACUUAGAGCAGAGAGCACUGUCGCGGCCGACAACAAGCAGGUGGACGAGAGCUUUGAGCUGCAUUAGCGUCCGUUCCCUCGGUCCUCUCCCAGCCAAGUGAGACGUCAGAAGCCACCUCUGGGGAGAGCCAGAAGUAGCCCUGGACUAGGCCCAGAACUCUUCUGUUGAGGAGACCACUGGUUUAGACUUGAUUCUAGCUGGCAACUUCAGUUCCUGGAAGUCUGUAGCUCCAGGGCACACCUGGGCUCCGUUCCUCCUUGAUCUUGGAUCCAUCCCAGUUUGACAUCAAGACACAAUCAUUUCCUGUGCCAAUGAGUUCGGAUGCCAAGAUGCCCUGAAGAGUAAGGCAGGACCGGGGCCCUAGGAAGAAAGGCUGUGUACCCUAACCCAAAGGACAGAUGCUCUGUGGCUUCAAGGGAAGAUUUGGGGGAAUGGGGUCACCUCUGGUGUGGACCUCAGGUAUAGUGCAGACAAGGAGACUAGCCUAUGUGCCACAUUUACCCUUAGGCCAAGAGAUGGCUCCCACUGUCAGCCUACCCCUUCCAGAACUUUGCACCCGUGGAGUUGGGUGUUUGCUUUCUCCUGGUUCCUUCUGAAGGAAGACAAGUAGAUUACCCUCUCCUGACUAAGAUCCCCUGAGACUGAUGCUUUCCUGUGGCAACUCCCAGCCAACACCCGGGGGAGGCAUUGCAGCUGGGUCUGCAGGCAUUUGGCUCUGAACUGGUAGCACCCAGCUGGCCUGUCCACGCCUCACCUCGGCCACAUCAGCAAUCUGGUGGGACCUCAUCCUUCUUGUAUCUGGCAGUGCAGAGACACCUGUGUGUCCUAAUGCCCUGUACAGUCCCUGCAGGGCGUCUCCUGCCCUCCUGUGCUAAAUUGCAGUGAGUGGGAAGCAGCUGUAGCCUAUUGUGUUGGAGCAGAUGCUGUCCCCGACCUGGUGUCUCUGUGUCACAGUUGUGAACUCUGCUUUGAUGUGAAACAUCCUUGGUGCUGUGUCAGUGCUGUGCGCAUUGGACUAGACAUUGUUUGCUGUGCACUCGGUGGCUUCCUUCGUAUGUGACCCCUCUGCUCCAUGGACAGCCACACUGAUCUCCUCAUUGCCUUCCAGUUGCUGCCAUGGUUUUGUGAGCAAAUGCUGUUGCUGCUGCUGCUGCUGUUGCUGCUGCUGCUGGAUGUCUAUUUUCUCAUAAAAGUAAAUGUGUUUUCAACCUGCUUUCUGUGCUCUGUCAGGUGCCCUGCAGUGUGGAGGGAUGCCCUCAAAGAAGCCACCAGCUUUCUCCACCAGGGACCCUGCAAGACCAGGGUCCCAGCUGGUCACUGCUUCUCAGGAGUGUCUAGGAUGCUCCAGUGACCAAGCUCAUGAGAGUAUAAUGUGUAAUUCAGAAAAGUCGUUCACUGCUGUACAUUGGGGUGAGGGUGGAGGCUCUACAGCAGCAAGACAUCCUCCUGCCUUUUUGACCCCAGAUACUAGGAUUCUAGGUUAGCGUUUGGUUAGUUGUUCAGUGCCUGUAGUAGGGACCCUGAGGGAAACCUGGGAAUCAUCCAUUCAUUCUCCAUUUAGGGCAGGUGUUCUCAACAAGGGGUGAUCUUGCAGGAGACAAUUAACAGGGCCUAGGGACAGUUUUGUUUGGAGGAUCUGAUGGGUGGAGGCAAAGAUUUGGCCAGACUUCAUAGUAUACAGGUCAACCCCACCCCAAUGGGGAGUGCUGGUGCCAUGUUGUUACUUAGGAAGCUAGGGACCGAGUUGGGCUCCCAGUCAACAGAAACACAAGAAGAACCCUUCUCUUUUCUGAUCCUUUCUCCUGUAGCCCCAAGACUAACCUUAAAAUGAAGAAGAAGGGUCACUUGAGCUUUCUAGAUCUGGGAUAACAAUAGUGAGAUCCCUAUCUCAAAAAUGGGAUGGGGUGAAGCUGGAGGUUUAUCCCAGUGUUGAAACACACAGCGUACUUGAGAUGCUGGUUUACCAGUUGCUCUUUGAGAGGACCAGGUUUGAUUCUCAGCACCCACAUGGCAGCUCGCAGCCGUCUUAACUCUAGUUCCAGAGGCUCUGUCUCCCUUUCCUGCUCUCCAUAGGCCUGGGCAUGCACAUGGUACACAGACAUACAAACAGGCAAGACAGCCAUAUACAUAUGACAAAAAUUAAAAAAUUCAUAUCCCUCCCCUUGGAGGGUUGCAGUGCCUCCCAGUACACUUGGAAUAAAAUCCUAGUUCUGAAAUGGCUUUAGGACUGUUGUUUUGUCUAAUCUUGCCCAUCUUGUUCCAUUCUCCCUUGCUUACCAUAUUCCAGCCUGCCUGCUCUCAGGUCCAGACGACUGGUGAUACUCUUCCCAUGCCUCAGGACAUUUGCACACAUUACUUCUUUUGAAUCCUCUUACCUCUCCCUAUCACCUUCUCUCCCUCCUUUGAUAGCAUCUCCUUAGGUUAUAUUGGGCAUCAGGCCUCCACUUGUGGGGUACACACCAGAGACUAGGACAUGGCUUUAAGCCAAUAGGAAGAAAGUAUCAGCUAGCCGGCACCUACACUGUGUUCAGGAUCCCAGCUAAGCACCGAGCCUUCCUCAGGUUGAGGUUUUCAGCACAGAAACCAUGUUCUGAGUGGAGAUACUUGAGUUAACAAGAACAGUUAGCCAGAAGCGGAAUUACAGAAGCCAAAAGGCAAGGCUAGUACAUUUAGAAACUCCCAGAACUAUGAACUUUGAUGGACUAGGUCUUUGUUUUUGUUUUGUCAAGUGGUGCUGUCUACGUGCUGAGUGUUAUGGCCUGAAUGGUACUUCCAUCCUGAGCCACCUGUGCUAAGGUUUGGGGGCCUGUUAACAUUCCUCACUGGCCUCAGUGAAUGAGUCAGAUCGUGGACUCAUCCCACUCUAAAGAGGUAGAGUUGGUCCUAAGGAUCAUUAAUUUUACCAAAUUGUUACAUAAUUGGCCAAAUAGUUUAAGGUGCAGGGGCCCACCAUUAAUCCAAUCAGAGUGAGAAUUAAGGGCCCAGCUGGUGCUGAUGGUGUGAUGGCUAAAGAAACUGUUUUCUGCUAGGCAUCCAUCUUGAUACCCACUAGCCAUUUGUCUGACUCCAGGCCCGGGAAGAUAAGUUUCCAAUAACCCUGACUCAGUGACUCCACCCAGAAAUGUACAGCCAUGACCAUCUACUUGUUAUGAUAUGAUUUUGUUGGCUUCUGUAACCUGCUUAUGCAGACAUUCAAGGACUAUUUUGAGUUCUCCUUGGCUGCCUAAUCUUGGCAGAGCAGAACGGCUCUGGCUUGCUUGUGCAGAUACUUAAGGUCUUCUUGUGGGUUUUGCUUUUAAGAAUCUUUCCCGCUCCCCCUUCGCACAGCAGUCUCUAGUUUGGCUCAGAUUUUUGUCCUGCUGGCAGUUUCAAUAAAUUUAACUAAUUAUAAUCCGGA